CGUGUUUACCUCUGCUCCAAUUUUGCCGUCUUUGUGACCAGAUUUGAUUGAGAAGAGGAUCGGAGAUGAUGAAUCAGUUUUGUUGUUAGUCUCUUCGAGAGAGAGAGAGAGAGUUGGUUUGCGUUUCCGAUUGAAAUCUCGAAUUCUAGGUUUGCUGCGGUUGACCAGUUGUUUAAAUUUCUUUUUUUUUGUUCGGCGGCUUUGUGUUGUUGUUUGAUCCCGCAACUCUUCGACGGAGAAGAUGAUGAUGAGGAUGGGAAUGAUUCAAGUGACGUUAUUAGUAGUAGCUCUCGUCGAUUUUGGAUUGGCUUCUCCUCCUUCUACCUUCCCUGCUUUCCUCUGGUCUCCGCAUCUCCAGUCGGACAAUGGUGAAAUGGAUGUAAAUUAUCAGGUCAUGUCUGCAAAAGAUCUAGUAGAUUCUGUUUUCACUCGAGGAGGCUGGUCUAGUUUUCUGUGCUCAGAGGAAAAGCUUCAGCAACCUGUUGAUGUGGCUCUUGUGUUCAUUGGCAGAGAGUUACUGUCUUCGGAUGUUUCUUUACAUCGGAACUCGGAUCCUGCCCUUGUUAACACUUUGAAGAAUCUGUAUACAGCUUCCAAUUUCUCAUUGGCAUUCCCGUAUAUUGCUGCACCAGAGGAAGAAAGGAUGGAAAACUUGUUGCUUUCAGGGCUUAAAGAAGCUUGUACUCACAAUGUAGGAGUCAGCAAUAUCGUGUUCUCAGACUCGUGUUUUGUUGAAGAUGGAACCGCAACAGGAAACGCCACAGUUAAUGCUACUACAACCUGCGAUGAGCUCUGCAAAUUUAAAUCAUCACUAUUGGAGGGUAUCUUAGUGGGAAUCGUUUUUCUUCUCAUCUUGAUAAGUGGACUUUGUUGUAUGGCGGGCAUCGACACGCCAACUAGAUUCGAGACACCUCAAGAUUCUUAAAACUCAGGACUUGAGCAAUCACGCCUCUCUUAUCUUUGCCUUCUUUGUGCUGAAUUUUGCAUUUUGUGAAGGUUUCCAAAUGUAGAUUGUUACAUUGCUUGAAUAUAUGUGUGUGCAUGUGAUAAAAAUCCCCUUUUUGUAUUACUGUCUCUAUUCACUUAUUUGUGUUUUGUAUUUAUCGAAAAGGUUUAUAGUACUUCUAAUAAUUGAGAACGUUGAAGAAGACCAAGAGUUUUUACCAGA